GCCUGGGCUAUUGUAACCGGCUUAACAGAUGGCAUUGGCCUCAACUAUGUCCGCGAGCUUGCCGAACUCGGCUUCAACAUCGUUGUCCACGGCCGAAAUGCCAAGAAACUGGACCAGGUGCAUCACGAUCUCAAAUACUCAUACCCUCACCUUCAAUUCCGAGCCCUGCUCCUCGAAGCCUCGACUUCAGACUUAAAGAGUGUCAACGCAGCGGUUGACGGAAUCCGAGAUCUGCAUGUCACGGUCUUGAUCAACAAUGUCGGCACGGCAGCCAAGAACGACGGUCCAUUUCUGGAACCCUUUGUCCAGACCUCAGCUGAAGAUGUUGAUUUGUUGAUCAACGUCAACGCGAGAUUCCCGAUGCAGUUCACGCGUGCUGUACUCCCUCUUUUGUUGGCUCACGGUGGACCGGCUUUGAUUAUGACGCUGGGUAGUAUGACCGAGUAUGGAAUCCCGUAUCUGCUAUCCUACUCUUGUCUGAAGAGCUUUGAUCUGGCGUUCUCGCGUGCGUUG